GCCCGGGCGGUGCUGGCUGCGGGCUGCACACAGAGGAACUUGCGGAGCAAAAGGUGCAGUGCGGUGCAACCUCCAGCACAGGGCGCGGUGUCCCACCAGCAGACCCGCGCCCCUCGGAGCCUUGUGGAGAGGCAGACCAAAGAUCUCUGAGAAGAAGGAAAAGGAACAUUUAUUAUCAUCUACCAUAUGCCAGAGUGUCCUCCAGUUCUUUCCUACCAAAAUCUGUGUUGCUAUGGAGACAACCAAUGGGACUGAGACUUGGUAUCAUAGUCUGCACACUGUUCUGAAGGCUCUCAAUGCCACUCUUCACAGCAACUUGCUCUGCCGGCCAGGACCAGACAACCUGACUGAGGAGCGGCGGGCCAGCUUACCUGGCCGUGAUGACAACUCCUACAUGUAUAUUCUUUUUGUCAUGUUCCUAUUUUCUGCCACUGUGGGCAGCCUCAUCCUGGGAUACACCCGCUCCCGCAAAGUGGACAAGCGCAGUGACCCCUACCACGUAUAUAUCAAGAACCGUGUGUCUAUGAUCUGAUGCUAGGAACCCAGGAUGGCUGAAGAUCAAGACACCUGAGAAUUGUCUUCUGGGACCUCCAUAACUCAGUCAUGGGUCACAUCAGUGUUCCUGUCUGUACGAUCAACAAGAAACAGUGCUAAGGGAUGUUAUCCCUGGGCUGGGAGGAGAGGGGCAGAUCUGGACCUUGUGGAAAGGGUUUUUAUUCCGGCAAAGAUAGACUUGAUAGACAAUGGGAACCAUGCACAAUUAUAUAGAAGCAGCAAAAGAUAAUAAUCAAUGACUGGUCUAGUGGCUGGAAUAUUGGGGGCUGGAGGACUAGGGACUUGAGGAAGGAGAAAAAGAAGUUGUAGCAGAGGGAAAUGAAACAGGAAGAUGUACUGAGGACACAUUUUUGUGUGUGUUAUCUUCAAUGACCAUGAGAAGCCACAAUGAUUAUCCCAUAACACAGAUAGGUAUAAUGUUACUUAUUUAUAAUUGUUCACAUUUUAUAUUUUCAACCCACUUAACGUCUGUGAUUUUACCCCUCUGUGAGAGAAGCAGGACAAGUGCCCUUCUGCCCAUUUGGGCCAGAGCAGUGCCAUGACUGGAACUCAGGAGCUUUGGUCUCCUUGCCAGUGCUUUUCAAAACUGUGCCACACAGGAAUGGAUCCAGGCCUAAAAGUCACACAAUUCUGGGAGCCCUCCUUAAGAAAAAGAAUUCAAAAAUAUCCUACUUAUGCAAAUAUUAUAAAAAUAGAUUACCAUGUUCAUACAUUCCCAUGACCCCACCUAAGACCUUAAGAGGAGUCGUGCAUGCACAGGCCUCUGAAUGUUGAGCCUCGUGAGCUCCAUGUUUCACGUGCCUCUCCAGCCACAUCACAGUUGUCACAGUGUCCUUCCCAGCCACAGCUACAGUCAUGAGAUUUCACUACCGCUAAAGCAGCCUCCCAUUUCAAUUUAGUUCUGUGAGAAAUUUUCUGAUACCAAGUUGAAAUUUGCUUCUAUAAGAUUAUUAUCACAUCUGGAAUGUUAUCAUAUUAAAAGAAACAAAGUG